GUGGGCGAGGAAAUUCCCCGAGGAUCUGUUGCGCGUCGCUUGUGAUGGUGGCGUCUGUCCUCCCUGACUCAGCAAUGACACAAGAGUGAUAGUGGAAAAUGGACACUGGGUUAUUAUCCCUAAAGUGGAACAAUCAUGGAACUACUUUCUUCCAUGUAUUGUCAACCAUUAGAAGAAAGGAAUCGUAUUGUGAUGUGACGCUGGCCUGUGAAGGGAAAUUUUACCCUGUGCACAAGCUGGUGCUUUCAACGUGUAGUGAAUACUUCGAAGAAAUUUUUAAUAGAACUCAGUGCAAGCAUCCUGUGAUAGUGUUAAAAGAUGUGAAGCAUGAGGAGCUUGAGGCUCUACUCAAUUAUAUGUACUUAGGAGAGGUGAAUGUGCUGCAGGCAGAUUUAGCUGGACUAAUAAAAGCAGCAGAGUGUCUAAAGAUAAAAGGUUUAGCGGUGCCCGAUGAAGCUCCCUCAUCCAGAAGUGCCAAUAAGGAUAAGCGGAGUGCUAGCACUAGAGACAAUAGUCCACCGCAAGCUAAGCGUGUGAGACAUGAAGAAGGUUUCUCUUUGCAUAACCAAAACUUUGAGGAUUCUAGACUUUCAAGAGACCCUUCAUCUAGAGAGAGUAGAGAAUCCAUACGUACAAAUGCAGCUAGGCCUCCUUCUCGAGCUUCUGAUGAGGCUUUUUCUAACACUGUUUUUCCCCAAUCCGGUCCUAGUCAAGACAGCAGUAGAGAAAAAAAAGAUGUCAGAGACCGUCCAUCUGACACAGAAAGAGGGAGAGGAGACAGACAAAAAGACAUGCCGCCUACAUCAUCUCCUAGUCAAAAUGUAGAGGUUCUUGUUCAUGAUGAAACUAUAGUCAAGACAGAAGUGUUAGAGGAACCAAAGGAGGAGGAGGCUAACAAUGAGGACAUGAUGAACUCAGACAGUAGUAUAGCAUACAAUCCACUCACCCCUGCCAUGCAAGGUGAUGGAGUCUCUGAGGGUCCGCAGGGUUUUGAAUCACAGGUCUUAACAUCACAACCACAGACCAUGGAGGAGCUUGUUGCACAAGCUAUGCCAGGAACUUCUGGUAUACAAGGAGACUCUAUGGUUGGGUGGGGUGGAGGGCAAGCAGGCAGUGCAGCUGGGGGAGACCUCUCUAGGUUUUCCCUGGAAGCCUUUCAGCUGGAUGAUUCACAAAGUGGGUCUCAGGGCUCAACUCAGCAACAACUGGGUGGUGGAGGCAAGACAACGGUGUGGGCCAGAGCACUGGCUGGUCAUUCCCUUGGGGCCAGUCAUCAGUGCACCUUCUGCCCAAAACGAUUCUUCCUGCGCUCUGACUUGACCCGGCACCUACGAACACAUACUGGCGAGAAGCCCUUCAAGUGUCCCUACUGUGAGCACAGCACAGCCAUCAAGUACAACCUUAAGAAGCAUCUCAUCAGUCGUCAUAAUGUCGUUGAACAAGGCAUUAAUAUGGAGGCUGUUCAAGGACGACAACAGUCAAAUGAAGCAUCAACAUCUGGUAAUGGUGGACAGAGUUUCUCUUGGGGCAGUGCUACAGUUCCAACAUUACCAGCUGUUCUCUCUCUGCUGCAGCGAGAACACAUGUUAGCAUCUGCACAAGGGCGAAACUCUGCAAAUGAAACUACAGAAAGCAUUACAUCUCUGUCAUGGAGUGCCACAAAAGUUGCACAUUCUUCUGGCUUUCAUCCUCCCAAAGAAUCUGGAAACAUACAAGGAAUCACAUCUAGUACCUGUUCAUCACUGGACACUUCUGACAAUGCUGCUUCUCAGUCUUGGAGCCAUAAUCUGACUCCUCAAUUACCCACAUAUAAUCCAUCACAAGAACAGGAAAACUUGCCAGGGUCUAGUGUGUGUACAUCACAAGAUACAGCUAGUAAUGCAGCAGUGCAGGGCUGGAACCCAACAGGAGAUCUAGACCUGCCUGUGUUUCAUGCCCUGCAAGAUUGUGAUAAUCUCCCCGUCUCAUCAUCUGAUAGAUGCUUGUCACGUGGCACAAACGAGAAUACUGUACCUCAGACAUGGAGCAGUACUGCAGGUCCACAUCUCUCUGCAAUACAUUCCUCACAGAAUCUUGAAAAUGUAGCAGGCGUUGCAUCCAGUACAUGUCCAUCAAAUGACACAGUAGACAGUGGUACAUCGCAUUCUUCUACCAGCGACACCGAGUAGUGUGACAAGGGGAUGGGAGUUCUGCCUCCGAGGCUGCCGUCAGGGUUGCCACCUGCUGUACCGUCUGGAUCAUCAGGAGGAGGACCUCACACUUGCCACUUUUGUUCUCGACCAUUCUUCUUGCGGUCAGACCUAACUCGUCAU